CUGAGCGGCGUUCUCCGGACACGUGUGUCGCGUUCGGGGAAUUUGCCGCCGUGAAACUGCUCGGAAACGAUGAGUGAGCUUUUCCUGAAACGCAGAUUUCGUUCUUUAACAGCUAUUCCUGGUGCGUGCGUAUUCAGAGAGCUUAGGGCCAAUUUAUGAUAGUCAUAAAACCGGCUAGCAGAAUUGAUGGACCAGCGUGAGCAGCUCCAGGAGCUGAGCCCCAGUUCCUUUCCUGCUGGAGUUUCCCUGGCUGUGUUCCGUGAUGAGUUUCCGCCAUGCUCGGUUUCGUGGGCGAGUUUGAGUGACGCGUGUGUAAAGGACAGCACGGAACUAAAUACGUGCGAGAGCUGAGCUCCCACCGACAGCCUGCGUGGAUUCCCUGUUUGUCAAGGAGGGGCACGGGUUGGUUAUCUCCCCCCACGCAGUGGCCAAGUGAUGUUUUCAAUGCUGCUGCUCAGGAAGCUGGCUGGAAAAGAAUCUCAGCACAGCUCACUGUUCUGAGCCCAGAGAGUGAAAAUGAUGGCAAGAUUCCCCGUGCUGCAUACCCUGUGGAUCCUUCUCUUUUCAUAUGCAACAAUGGAAGAACACAUACAGGAAUUUGCAUGCUUUACUGACUAUGCCGAAAAGCUGAUUUGUCACUGGAAGGUGCCUGCACAGCUGAACUGCUCCCAAGAGUUCCUGCUCUACUACAGGAAGGAAUUUUUUCCUCCCGAAAAUGUGUGUGUCCCUGAGAACGCAGAAGAGAGUUUUAUGUGCACUUGCACAAUAUAUCCUGAUUAUUUUGUAUCUGGUCUCACCUAUAUCCUAGCUCUGCAGUUCAAUGGCACCAAUAUGUGGAAUUCCAGUGUUACACCAGCCCAAGUUGUUAAGCCCAGGCCUCCCAAAAAUCUUGCUGUUGAGAAAGCUGAAAAUGGUAAUUUCAAUUUGAGCUGGGAGGAGAGCUAUGCUGCUUCAUCCAUGCUUUUUGGACAGCCAGUCAUCUAUGAAGUAAAAUACUGGAGCAAGCAGCGCCCAGGAGAGGUUACUGUGACAUCAAUUAACUACCAGGCCAAAAGCUUUGAAAUUACUGCAAGCUCCUUGCAGAGAGGCUAUGAUUACAUUGCAAGUAUACGGUGUAACUAUACAGACUACCCAGUCUACUGGAGUGACUGGAGUGAUGGAGUUGAGUUUCACUGUGAUUAUCAAGUGACAUCUGAAGACAUUCUGCACAUGGCUGUUCCUAUAUCUUGCAUCCUGAUCAUGGGAGUAGCUGUAACUUGCUAUUUCUGUUUUACCAAAAUGAAGAAAGAAUGGUGGGAUCAAAUCCCAAACCCUGCGAAGAGCCAUUUGGUUGUAAAAAAUGUCAAGUUUUCAGUCUUGAACUAUAUUGAUGAAAUGAAGUUCCCUUUCUAUGAUUCAAAGCCAAGUCAUGUGGAAAAGCAAAUAAGUUGCAAAAACUGUCAGGCUCAAAGUUUGUCAAGCCAGAACUUCAAGGAAAAAGAUAACAUCAGAAACAUUGAGAAAUCUUGCAGUUGCUGCAAGCCUGGAGUGUGGUUUCCAAAAGGCAUUAAUGCAGUUUUAACCCCUGAGACUGUUCUUGUUGAAGAGUCUGUGGAAAUCUGUGAACGUUUAACAGACAUUGAGGCUGAGAACCAGGAAAAGACCAGCGACCAGAUCACCGUAUUUGAGCCUUGUGAGAGCAGUGUCAGCAUGCUGAGGGAGCACGCUGAACACAAUGAUGCACUAGCUAACAUGUUCAUGGAGCUCUUGGCAGAUGAAAAAAGCAUGCAAGAUGAUAAAGAUCCAGACAUCAUUACAAGUGAAAUCUUUCAGAAACUUGAGUCAGAAAAUCUUUCUCAAAAAAAUCUAGUAGAAAGUGCUGUCCGGAGUCAGCAGUCAGCUGGUUCUCAUAGAGACUCUCCUUUUACUGGAGCCUCUCAGGAUGAGUAUAAUUGCAGUACAACCAGCAGGAAGUCUGCACAAUCAGAAGAAUCCUUUGAAUCUGGCUAUCGGAGCUCCAGCACAAAUUCUGCUUCUCUGGAUGCAAGAGAGAGUCCCUGUAAGCUUCAACAAAGCCUUUUGACGUGCAGAUCUGAAAGUCAGCGUGACUCAUCUGUGCUUAUUUGGGAAUCUCUAAAUAAACCAGCCUUUGACAGAAUAAGCAGCUCAGCAUACAAGGGCUUUGACACCCUCAUAUCUCCUUCUAUGGAGCCCUGUGGCUCUGCAUACAAGAGCUUUCAUGCUGUAAUGUCUCCAUCUGUGGAGCCCUGUGGCUCUGCAUACAAAAGCUUUCAUGCUGUAAUGUCUCCAUGUGUGGAGUCCUGUGGCUCUGCAUACAAGAGCUUGGACACCCUUGCGUCUCCAUCUGUGGAGCCCUGUAGCUCUGCGUACAAGAGCUUUGAUGCCUUAAUGUCUCAGUCUUUAGCUAGCAGUAGUUUGAAUAUGCACUUUGAAAAUAUGUGCUUGUUGCCAUCUUUAACCCAAUCUUCAGAGGCACAUGUGAAUGAUGGAGUUCCAGCUUUCCUACCAGAGGAAGAAAUUCAUGAGCAGGCAGUGUAUCAAAAUCUUCAAAAGGAAGGCAGCGUGCUUUCUUGCCCUGCUGGACCUCAGCCAUCUGGUUAUAAGUCUUUUGAUGCUGCAGUUAAAUGUAGUGGUGCACACUUUGACAGUAGCAGUGAGUUUAUCUCAAAGUCACUGUACGAACCCUUAGUUCAUCUUUUGUACAACAGCCUGGAAGAAACACCUCCAGAUAGCAUAACCCAUGAGCCUGAUGGCCGUGAGUGUUUGACUGUACAGGACUUUGAUUCUGGCAUUGCCCCGGAUGCAGGCUCUAGUGAGAAAGUUGCAUGCAGUAGUGAUGACAGCCUUUCGAUUGUCAGCUCUCAUGAGCUGUUGAGUGAUAACAAAGAUGAAAACACCAGCAGAGACAAACAGCUGUUGCAUUUCUUGGAGCUGAACUGUCAAGACUGUAAUGGAGGGAGAGCUAUAAGGGGAACAAAACAUAAUGACUUGAACUGUUGUGGUGAAGGAGUGCCAGGGGGCAGCAGUGACAGAAUAAGUACUGACUUCCAGUGUGCCCCACGCAACCAUUUGAGGAUGUUUGGAAACUCAGAGGAAAAUAAAAAGGUGUCAAACAGAAGGUGUAGUUGCUCAGCAGCAAAUUUACCUGAUGAAUUGCUGGAUGGCAUGGGGCUAACUCUAAAAACUGCAGAAGAGCCUCUGGAGCUCUUGGUCUCAGACAAGUCAGCUGCUGUUUGUGCAGAUAACCCUCAUCUUUCUGAUUCUCGCACCACUCACAAUGAGAGUUCUGGACUGGCACCUGCAGUUAGAAAAAGAUCAUCAGAACUAUUAAUGGAAAACAACAGGAAGAAUGAGAAAAAAGUUGAAUUUCUACAAGCUCUUGCCCAGGAGGACAGCUGUUACAUGAAGGUUGCCUAGCCGUGUUUACCAGGACAGCCAAACCAACCUUUGGAAAAAAAAACUGUAAGGCAAACUGAUAAAGUGCUUUGUUAUUCCAAUCUUGCCUACAGUGAUGGUUACUACAAUUCAGACAUGGAUUUGCUGGGUUGUAAUGCUCAUGCUUGCUGCUGGACUGGCAGCUGGUAUAUGAGGCAGACCCCUGGGUACAGAAGGGGCUAGCAGCUAACACACAGAGCUACUGCACUCUCAAGGAGGCAAAGCCAGUGUUAAGGCUUCUCUGGUGGUGGUUGUUCUCUGCAAGUGAGCAGGAGAUGCAUCAAGUUGGCAUUCUUAUUCAGCACGUCUCCUGUGCUUGUUGCUGUGGUUCUGUAUGUUGCUUGGGAAGCAAGCGAGGUGAUUGAACAGUGCUGAUGCACCUGGAGGUGAGAUAGAAUCAUAGAAUGGUUUGGGUUGGAAGGGACCUUGAAGAGGAAGUGGCUGAUUUGCACAGAUUGCGUUGCACGUUCAAAUACUUAUUUGCUGGGAUGUCCUGUGUCCAUGGCACCAGAAUGUGGUAUGUUUCUGUAUUUGCUCAAUUGAGAUAUGAAAUAAAUAUUACCAUCAUUUGGUCUAAAGAAAUUAUUUUAUUGAUGCUCAGUUUAUUAUUUUGGAAGUAAACAGAUAUUUUAUAUUUACACUGUUGUAAAUAAAAUCGCAUGUUUCUAAAUUA